GUGUGUUUACUUUUCCCGUCAGGUGGGCGCUCUUGGGCCGGAAGGAACCUUACCUCUAUUUUCUCCCAAAGGACGCAUUUGCUUUUGCAGUGCAAAUUGGAGGAGGGUGUCUUUAGACGGCAGCCACCGAAUCGCGAUGCAGCUUUUAAAUUAAUCCCGACCUCAUAUAGUGUUUUCAUGCUUUGGAACUGUGUUUUUAAAAAGCAAUUGGUGCUAACAACUCAGAACCCUUUAGAAUUCCUCAAUUGAAGCGAAUCCUGUUCUUUCCGGUGCCUGGAUCAGAAUGAAACAUGACUGACGACUCCCAGAGAAACUUCCGUUCAGUAUAUUAUGAAAAAGUGGGGUUUCGUGGAGUUGAAGAAAAGAAAUCAUUAGAAAUUCUCCUCAAAGAUGACCGUCUGGACAUCGAGAAACUCUGUACUUUCAGUCAGAGGUUCCCGCUCCCGUCCCUGUACCGGGCGUUGGUCUGGAAGGUGCUCCUAGGAAUCCUGCCUCCGCACCACGAGUCCCACGCCCAGGUGAUGGCCUACCGCAAGGAGCAGUACUCGGACGUCCUCCACGCCCUGGACGUCAUCCGCUUCGUCAGUGACGCCACGCCCCAGGUCGAGGUCUUUCUCUACAUGCAUCGGCUGGAGUCUGGGAAGCUGCCCCGAAGUCCGUCCUUUCCACUGGAGCCGGAAGAUGAAGUUUUUCUUGCCAUUGCCAAGGCCAUGGAGGAGAUGGUGGAGGACAGUGUCGACUGUUACUGGAUCACGCGAUGCUUCGUGAACCAAUUAGACAGCAAGUACCGGGACUUUCUGCCCCAGCUGCCGAAGGCAUUUGAACAGUACUUGAAUCUGGAAGACAGCAGGCUGCUGAGCCAUCUGAAGGCGUGCUCUGCAGUGUCCAGACUGCCCUAUGAUCUCUGGUUCAAGAGGUGCUUUGCCGGGUGCUUGCCGGAACCCAGUUUACAGAGGGUUUGGGAUAAAGUUGUCAGUGGAUCCUGUAAGAUACUAGUUUUUGUGGCUGUGGAAAUUCUCUUAACCUUUAAAAUAAAAGUAAUGGCCCUGAACAGUGCAGAGAAGAUAACGAAGUUUCUGGAAAAUAUCCCCCAGGACAGCUCGGAUGCCAUCGUGAGCAAGGCCAUCGACUUAUGGCACAAACACUGUGGGACCCCUGUCCAUUCCGCCUGAACACUGCGACGCUGUGGACGGUCGGCCAGGCCUGCCCAGAGCGUUCUGUGCUUGCGGUGUGAUCCCAGCGGAUGCGAGGAGAGGGCCCCAGCCUUGGUGCUCAGAGUGUAAUUGUCCUUCCUGUGAAGUGAUUGAAGACAUCUGGAGUCGCUGUGCUGUGAAGUGGCGUCUUCAGGUUACACAGUACAGUGUUCAGCCCAGAAGAGCGUUUUGAAAGGGUCGUUUGAAAAUAGCUCCCGGCUUUUAAGGUGGUUGCGUCGGGGUGGGUGGUGCCUCCGACAGCAGGUGUAACCGAGCCUGCCUGCCUCUCUGAUCAGCACCACGCCGGUUACUUUCCGGGGUCUGUUUCUGGAAAGAACAAUUUCCUUUUGUUGACAACUCAUGAUUUGGCUUUUGUCAGUGUGGUAGCUGUUGAAAUCGGACUUUGUAGGUCUUUUGAAAACCUAAAUCUGCUUUCUGAGACUUCAUCUUGCUAAAUAGGUUUAAAUAAAGGCCUUACUUUUUUUCCCCCUU